AUGUCCGAGUACGAGUUAGAUCAGGAUAAUGACGUUGUAGGGUAUAUAUCGAUAAAGGACUAUGCAUAUGAAGAGUCCAACCCUUUGCAUUUCGGGUAUUUCGAAGAAGAAGGGGAAGGAGAGUCUGAUAAAGAGAUUGAUGUGGGUGAAAGUGAAGGCGAUCUUCGACUAAACAACCGGGAAAGUGUGCUUUUACCUGAUGAAUAUGUGGUUAACCGUAAGGCUAUAGCUAUGUACGCGUUUGUUCCGGAAAAUGACAACGAACUGGAGUUAAAUGAGGGAGACAUUGUGUAUAUCAGUUAUAAGCAUGGUCAAGGGUGGCUUGUGGCGGAGAACCACGACAGAUCGAAGACGGGCUUAGUACCGGAGGAAUAUGUACAGCUUAUCGAUGAGAAAGAUUCUGAGGAAGGAGACGAACCAGAGCAUGCCAGGCCGUUCUACUUGACACAGAUGAUAACGCAAAGUAUGUGUAAAUCCCCUGAAGAAGACGAAUGGGAGGAUAUAGAGGAAGAUGAGGAGGAAGACGAGCAUGUUCCCGUGCAAGAACAAUCAGAGCAAAAAGAGCCAGAACUAAAACAAUUUCCAGGACAAGAAGAACAAAGGGACUUACUGAGAAUGCCAGCGGCUGGCCAAGGUUUGCAAAGACUUCGUAAAAAAUCAAACGCCAGGGACUAUGAAAUGAAGUUCAAUUUACCAAAUGCUGAUGAGAAAAUGGUCUGUAACGGAACGAGCCAUGACAGUAAUGAUGACAGGAGCGAUGUUGGAAAUCUAGCACAGGAUAUCAAUGACAAAUUAGAGCUUUGA